ACUUUCUUGUUCCUCUUAUAUACUCUUUGAUGAUAGGAGCAUACGAAGCAAAAGGCAGGUGUCUAUCUUGCUUCACACAUUUUUUCUUUUUUCGACUCGGAAUGAAAGCCGAGCUUUUAACUAACGUUAGCCCAAGUAGCAACAACUGGUGCUAAUGUUACUCCAACAACCUUAACCUGUGUUCACUUAUAUUCUGCAUCUGACCGAGUGUUCAACAGAAACUUUGUUGUCGCCAAGUCGUUUGUCUUCAGGAACCCAAACAACAAUUCCCACAAUGCACCUGACGUAACGUACGCACUUUCUAGAGCCUUGACUACUCUUCUGGUGCGACGGGUAACUGACUUUUUUUAGACUAUAGCCAGCGUCAGUUGAGCCCGCCAUUGACGCCAUUCGCAACACAGGCUCUUUAAUGCCGCUGGUGUUGACGUUAGUCAGACUCGCGCGUGCCGUUGCCGUGUGCUAAAGGGAUUAGUCCAAAGGAAAGCCACGUGAACUGAGACUCGCUAACGCUAAACAGCCACAACAACAACCCGAAGGGGCAGGGCAGCACAGGUGUGUGUGUUCACGCUAUCACGUCAUAAGUCUGCUGCACUUAUUCAAAGUUGUUAUACAGCCAAUGCAUGCAGCUGCCGCUGGGCCCGUUGUGUUAACGGUCAGUGUGGCGUUCGAAGGUUUCAGCUCACCUGAUUGAGGUCCAUACUUCCAGAUCGGUUACAUGUCUGAUCGCCAUGCAUCACCCCGCUCCCACCAGCAGUGAACUGGGGUUAGUGCCGGCCAUGUAUUCGUUUUCAGGCCCCACAAGCCAUCCUGAAUUUGACCUCGGAUCUCCAAGCACGUCUGGUCACCUACAGAGAGCAACUCAGUCUAACAACAGCUGGGAGACGAGAUCUCUUCGGAAGCACAGGAGGAGAGUUGAAGAUGAGGGAUGCCACGCUAAAAGGAGGAGGUUAAUGUUCCAGGCAGAAGUGGACAUCGCAGAGACCUCCAACGCGAGCACCCGUCAUGACUGGCCUCCAGCUCACGGCCGGCCUGCUGUGCCUGCACCUCCGCAGCCCCGUCCGGCAUCUCAGAACUCCAUUUUGCUCCAGCCGUCCACUGCUGUCCCUUGCCCUGAGGUCGAGAGCUCCUGCAUGGAGAUAGAGGCCGCUCAGAGGAAGCUGCAGGAGAUUGAAGACAGAAUAACACUGGAGGAUGACGAUGAGGAUGAAGAUCUGGAUUUAGAGCCCGCCCCGAGGCGGCCGGUGUUGGUGAUCUCUGACAGUUUGAAAGAGGGUCUCCAGCGCGGCAUCAGCAACAUCCUGCCGCACACAGUGGCCCAGUCUGUGAGCCAUUCCUGUAUGGAGUUGGUGUUGUGGCGUCCCCCGGACGAUCCCUUAUGUCGCAAGCGAAAGGGCUCGUCACAGAAACAACGCAAACAACAGACGGUAUCCCGGCAACCCCCGACUCCAUGCCCAUCGCCCGCCCCGCCCAGUCCCCUCACCCGCUCCAGUUCACCUGCAGACUCACAAUAUUCUGUCUACAACUUUCCGGUGGCCCACAGCUCUGGUGAGGAGGACAUGGAAAUGUAAUGGUGAUGACUUGAACCGCCAUGCCAAAGUCACAGACUUGAAAUGUAGUUGCACAAAAGACUCAGUUUGGCAGGUGAAGUUGGCUUUCCAUGAAUAGUGUGCUGUUUUGGACCGUUUGUGAAACACAUUUUCUGCUUCUGUCACUCAGUUAAUUUUUUUUAUUUUCACCAUUAUCUCAUUCAACUAUAUGUAACGUGUGACAAAAAUGUUGACCUAAUUAAUCCGCUUUAUUCAUGUAAAACUCUUAAGACGACUGUCGAGAUCUCAAGACCUUGACGAGUUCUACAGACUGUCUUAGAAAACCAAUUUUAUACCAUUUUACAGAAUGUACCAUGCCCUUAGAAAUGAGAUCUUAUUUUUCCAAAGCCCGGCCAACGACACUGAUGUGCUGUAAAUAUGAAGUUCUUUGUUCAACAUCAGUGUGCAGCAUCUGAGUUUUGUACGAUGUUUCUGUUGAGCUUGUGGGCGUCGUCAACGGGACACGACUGUUGCUCCUGUGUGCCGCGCUCACGGCAGGACGUCCUGCUUGCUGUUGUGCUUGUUGUGGUCGAAGGUUUACCUUCCGUGGCAAGUAGGCCAUCUUUGAGCUUUUAUGAUAUGUGUUAAGAAGUCAUGGAAAUGCACCUUUUGAUUUGAUUGUAUUUUCAUAUUACAAUUGCAACCUGCCAGUG